UAAAACUAUUAUAAAUACAAAGUAAAAUGAAGCAGACAUCACAGUUCUACAAUAAGUUGAACAAAAAACAACCACCAUGAAAUCGUUUGUCUUCGCCUGCGUGUUGGUAGUUGCCGUUAGUGCGUCACUACUUGAAGAACAUGGAGCUAAGUUCCAGUCUUUUAAGCUGGCGCAUGGCAAGACCUACAUGAACCAGGCAGAAGAAACCAAACGAUUUGCUAUCUUUAGAAACAAUCUCCGCUCAAUUGAACAACACAAUGCCCUUUACGAACAAGGACUUAAGAGCUGGAAGCAACGUGUCACUAAAUUCGCCGACAUGACCCAAGAAGAAUUCUUAGACAUGCUCGCCACCCAUGCCAAACCAUCAAUCAACGGUACUAAAUACGUUGAAUCCAGAGUAGCUCUUCCCGACUCUGUUGACUGGAGAACUGAAGGACAAGUCACCGGAGUCAAGGACCAAGGAAGCUGCGGAUCAUGCUGGGCUUUCUCCAUCACCGGCUCUACUGAAGCUGCUUACUACCGUAAGAGUGGUAACCUCGUUUCCUUGUCUGAACAACAAUUGGUAGACUGCGCCACAAUGAACGCCGGAUGUGACGGUGGUUACUUGGAACAGACCUUCCCAUACAUUCAACAGAAUGGUCUUGAAUCCGAAUCUGACUAUCCAUACACCGGUCGAGAUGGCACAUGCCAGUACAAAUCCUCCAAGGUUGUUACCAAAGUAAGCAGCUACAAAGUAUUGGCCUCUGGAAAUGAAAAUCAACUGCUCAACGCCGUCGGUACCGUCGGUCCAGUUUCCAUUGCCAUGGACGCAUCAUACUUGUCUUUCUAUGACUCUGGCAUCUACGAUGAUGAAUACUGUUCUUCUUCUUACUUGAACCACGGUGUCCUCGUUGUAGGAUAUGGUAGUGAGAACGGAGUUGACUACUGGAUCGUCAAGAACUCUUGGGGAACCAGCUGGGGCGAGAGUGGUUUCUUCAAACUGCUCCGUGGAAAGGACAUGUGCGGUGUUUCUCAAGAUACUGUAUACCCUAUCAUCAACUAAGACGUUACCUAAAUUAAUUGAAUUAGCUUGUAAAACAUAAGUUAUUAAAUUUAAAUUGUGUCUUGUAAUAA